AUUUUUCAUAUCCCCAGAUUUCCAUCAGUGGCCCUAACAACUACACUCACACAUGGCUGGCUGCCGGAGAUAACGGGGAGACGUCGGCCACGCUGUCCGGCCUGGGGCUGGAGUCACACCAGACGUAUUCCGUCUUCUGUCGGGCCGUCAACAUGGGAGGGCUGGUCAGCAACGCGGUCUGGACUAACGUUACCAUAGAGACGGAACAGCCGCUAGUCAACGGGUCUUCAGUUGUCAGCCAAUGGCAGCCUCCAGACAUCCUGCAUCUUGAUUGGACGGGCAACUUCCUCAGCCAAUCAGCGCUCAUUUACGAGGUUUCCUUGGGAACCGUCCGAGGAGGAAGUGACGUCAUGCAGUGGAUGGAAACCACGGAAACGGCCAUGACAGUGACGGGGGUGGACCACAGCAGGGCACAUUACGUCAUAAUCACCGCUGUCAACAGAGCUGGGCUCUACGUGUCACAAGUGCACAGACUGGCAGUUUAACACCGGAACAGAAACAUGGACUGAAAAUCUAUUGGUUACAAUUAAGAGUAGACUUUGACUUUGUUCAGAUUGUGACAAUGUGAUAGCCUCUACAGCAGGCUCUCUGGGGCCUUUUCUGUCUUUUUUUUUGGCUCAUGAAUACUUUUUUGGCUCAUAAAUACAUUUUUUAUACUGGGUCGCUGGGCCAAUGGUCCAAAAUGAGCCAAAAAGGCCCCAGAGAGCCUGCUAUGGAGGCUAACAAUGUGGACUAUAGGCAGCAGGCUGAUAUCGUGACAUCAUUAAAUGAUUAAGAGGAGAGGCCCAAGAUUUAUUCCAGAAACACUAACCUGCCUACGUCUAUCGGUAGCAGGAGAUGGAGAAAAUGAUAGUCUGGAAUCCAGCAAUAGUCUGCUACAUAAUAGCUAUGACGUGAUUCCAACCUAAGAAAACACAACUCAAGGAGCAAAGUAUCAUUCAAGGCUUCGCCCUAGAUGUAUCACCAAAGAUUAAGUCUAUCAAAAUGGGAUUAUCUUAUUUUUAAAGGAUAUGCUACAAGCUGGCAAAGAACGCUAUUUCACAACAGUUCCCACGCAGAUGUCGUGGUGGAAGAUUUAACGCAUUCUGACAGCCGAUAACCCCAACUGCCAGAGGAGUCUGGCAAUAAAAAAGCUCUACUAUCUUCCACACCGACAUCUGCUUGGGCAAUAUAACUAUCACAGUGAUUGCUCUGUUAUGUUUGGACUUCUAAUCAUGCCAUGUUGUGAGUAUUCUUGUAAAGUGUAGCACCAAGGUGGUAGCUCGAUACCAUUGGUUGCUUUGUGUAGAUAGUGUUGUGUGUACAGCACGAUUGUAGGUUUUAUAUUUACUUUUGCUCCAAUGAGGGCAGUGUUGCAGCUAGGUUCUCUUUGGGACAUGCGAUGAUCUUUUUGAAAAUUUGCACCAUAAAGGAUAAUGUAAAUAUCACUAUGUUGUUUCAAAAGAUUAUUUAAUGAUGUAUAUGUUUAUGGUCGUCUAGUAUUUGUAAAGAUGAAGAAUGAAAACAAAAGACUUUUAUCAUUAGAUUCUGAUAUGUAAGCUGUAAAACUAUCUAUUGAUUGAUUAAUGCCAUUGAAUAUUUUGUACAAGACUUCAACAGUAAAGAAAUAUAUUGUGCCAAGGGUUGACAAAAAUACACAGACUAAAUAAAAUGUGUUUUAACAAUGGA